UUACUCCACGCCCUCCAACCAAGGGAUUGAAAGAACAACAAUUCCCCGUGGCUCCCCAUGUACUAGCUAUUUAACUAGCUUAGGGCUGUAAAUUACAACAUUUACUAACUGGAUUUAGCUGCAGCAUAAGGGAGUUUUUGUAUUGUCGACUAAUGCCAAUUCAGCGACGGUAAUGUUAGCUGCAACGAAAAAGUGUCAGUUAUCUCAAAGACAGCAUGUAAGUAGACACCAUUAACAGAAUAUGAACGCCAGUCAGCUUUAACAGCAGACAUUUAGUUAUUUUGUAGUUAUUGAUAUCCGAGUGUAAACUUUGUCUAACCGUUGGCCAGCGUUAGCCCCACUUGACUUAGCUAGCUGCGGACGACGGCCACCUUCGGUAUGUUUCCUUUAGACUCGCCGUGGAACAUCUCGUUUGCAGGUUGUGGCUUCCUCGGUAUCUACCACAUCGGUGUUGCCAGCUGUCUGAAGGAACAGGCUCCUUUCCUGGUGCAAAACGCCAGGCACAUAUAUGGGGCAUCAGCUGGAGCUCUCACUGCCACUGCUCUGGUCUCUGGAGUAUGUCUUGGAGAGACUGGUGCAAGUAUCAUCAAUGUUGCCAAAGAGGCGAGGAAGCGAUUCCUCGGGCCCAUGCAUCCUUCCUUUAACCUGAUGAAGAUUGUGCGACACAUGCUGCUGUGCACUCUGCCAGCUGAUUGCCACCUUGAGGCCAACGGGCGGUUAGGAAUCUCUCUUACCCGAGUGACAGAUGGAGAAAAUGUCCUGGUGUCGCACUUUAACAACAAGGAGGAGCUGGUGCAGGCAUGUGUCUGCAGUGCCUACAUCCCAGUGUAUUGUGGCCUCAUUCCUCCCACACUGCAAGGAGUGCGAUAUGUUGACGGAGGAAUCUCUGACAACCUGCCGCAGUAUGAGCUGAAAAAUACCAUCACUGUGUCCCCGUUCUCCGGAGAGAGCGACAUCUGCCCCCGAGACACUUCCACCAACAUGCACGAGCUGCGGUUCACCAACACAAGCAUCCAGUUCACUCUCACCAACCUCUACAGAAUCUCCAGGGCACUUUUCCCUCCAGACCCAAUGAUUAUGAAGGCCAUGUGUAAGCAGGGAUAUAAAGAUGCUCUACACUUUUUAAAGAAGAAUGGACUGCUUCAUUUCAACGGCCCUCACAGAGACAGGCCCCUGCUGGCUAAUAGCAAAGACAAGGAGGAUUAUAAAGAUGAGGAGGAGGACAAUAACAAUGAUGAAGAGAAGGAAAAGCCACAUGUGGAAGAUGGAGCAGUGAUGAUUCAUUUCAGUUCCUCAACAGAGGAGGAGUUCAUUGAACACCUUCCACCCGCCCUGCACAAAGCUCUAGUUGAGGCCUGCAUGGAGAGGAAGAGCCUGACGCAGUCGCUAAGCAACCUGCUUCCUGUCAGGAUGGCCUCAGCCAUGAUGCUCCCCUACACUCUCCCUGUGGAGUCUGCUAUGUCCUUGACUCUCAGACUUCUGGAGUGGCUGCCAGAUGUGCAAGAAGAUGUGGGAUGGAUGCGAGAGCAGAUAUUAAAAAUCCUACAGCAUGUUCUUCGCCAGGCCUCUAAAAGCAUUUCCCAGCAAGUAUCUGCCAGGUUUUCCUGGCAGCUGGAGCUGCACCACUACCAGUCACUCCCAUCGCAGAUCAGCUCAACCAGCCUGUUUCCCAGCUGGGUGAAUGGGAGCAGUUCUUCAGUCCUGGAUAUCUUCAUGCGUCUCAACCAGUACAAGAGGCAGCUGCUGUCUGGAGUGCUGUGUAUCAACAUGGACGUGCAAGGUUCCUUCAAAUCUGGAUCGAUGUCCCCAGAUAAGAGCCCUCCCUCGAUCCACUCCCCUGAAGGCCUCACAAUGGUUGUGGUUGAUAUUCUACCUGCUGCCAACUCAGAGAAGCCAUCAGCAGCUCCUAAGAGCUUCUGACGGGUUUCUGCUGCAGAUGCUUCGGCCCUAAGGUUCACACGUACUUAUUCUAUAUCCAGGAACAUUUUCGAAUCAUUUAAAUCAGAAAUUAACAUAUGUUUAAACCCUGGCAUUUAGAUGUUUUUAAGAUGCCAGGAAGACAUUCGAAAUCUAAUCAGCCAUUUUGUACAGUGGUUGGAAAUGGUAAUAAUGUAGCAUAUUUACACUUACUGUGUAUUAAAAAUGUUUUGACAAGUGCAUGACACUAAUAAUAAGUCUUUAGCUACAGUAUAAUCAGGCAAGCCUAUAAACACACUGUGUCUGUAGGUCUACAAAAGUGCUUUUAAACUUGUUCAAACAUGAAUUGCAGGGCGUUACAAACAAAAAUGCACACUUGAAGUAGCAUUGUUAAAAUAGGCGAGUGUUUAUGUUUUAGUGGAAUUUAGUCAGACGAGUAUUUAAGCUCAGUGUUACUCCUGUAUCUGGUUAUGAGCUCCCUUCUGACCAACAGUGGAUGCACCAAUCUGUUUGUUGCAAGUUGUUACUCCAUUUAUUUGAUGCAAGUGUCAAUGCAGUAUUGUGAAAAAAUACAUAGUCUUUGUGUUCUAGGUUUAUAUGAAUGUCAAUGUCUUUAAAAUUAUUUAUAAGGAAAAUACCAAUACUGCUCUGUUGUCCCAAUCAAAGAAACAUGUUUUUGUCUUGAUUUACUAACAUGUAAAUUUCAACUCUUUAGAUUUCCUUUUACAUCUAUAUUGUAUUGAAUGUCUGCUUAAAAUCACACAUUUUACAUUUUAAUGCAAACAGUAAAUAAGAAAUUGAUUAUAUUUUUAUAAUCCAAAAAUCUGUUUAAUAUGAAUUGCACUUUCUUAGGUAAUAACCUACCUGUUUGAAUGCUUUUCUUGUACAAUAUACUACAAGACAUUAUAACUGUUGUUGUGCCUUGAACUUCAAUGAAAUAAUCGCCAAGUGAAUUGUCAAAAGGGUUGCAGGGAAUAUUUAUGUAAUCACUAAUUAAAAUGGUAUUGUUUAUUAACAUUAACUG